AUGGAAUCUUCUAUUGUUCUUCUGUGCAAAUAUGGAUCAAAAACUCUUGUCGUACUAGUUAGGAGACAUUUCUGCUUUGACGAUGUUGUCCGUAGUCUGGAGAAAAAGUGGCCAAAUUUGGAAACCUCUAGUUUUCAACUUUUGUAUGCUAUAGGUGGACAUGACAAUUGCGUUCUAGAUAAUGAUGCCGGUUUUGUAAAUAUGUUCACAUUGACUGGUGCGUAUGGGAAGAAGAUCCACUUGAGAAGUUUUGUCACCACCACGAGUCACCACCACGAGACUGUCCAUCUUUCUGCUAGUUGGGCUAGGUUGAUUAAUCAUGUUGGCCAAGAGUUUAGAGGCAGAGUACAAGAGUUUAAGGAUUGUCUAGUAAAGUAUUCUAUUGAAGUCGGAUUUGUAUAUAAGUUUUUGAAGAAUGACAAGUCUAGAGUAACGGCGAAGUGUUCAAAAAAACAUACAGAAUCUGGUUGUCAAUGGUUUAUUCAUGCAACCAUUGAGAGAUCUAACAGUUUCUUUUGCAUUAGGGAGUUUGAGAAGAAUCACAAUUGUGUCGGUGUUUUUGCUAGUUCGAAGAAUCCUCGGAUGAGUUCAAAGUUGGUUGCUAAAGAGAUUAGGGAGGAAGUUCGAACAAAGACAAACUAUGCACCAAUACAAGCAGUGAAAUUUUUUGAGAAGUACUAUGGGAGUAAAAUCAGUUAUCACCAUGCUUGGUUUGGGGUUGAGAAGGCAGGUGAUGAGCUCUAUGGAGAUUAUGCACUGUCUUUUGACCAACUGAGGUGGUAUGCUGAGGUAGCGAAGGAGAAAAACCUAGGAAGUGUUAUUGAUGUUGAGUAUUCUGACAAAUCUAAUUGUUUUAGAAGGAUUUUUGUAGCAUUUGAUGCGUGUAUCAAAGGCUUCAAUUACUGUCGUCCUUUGUUGGCACUCGAUGGGACAUUUUUGAGGGGAGGACUGUUUCCAGUGGCUUAUGGCAUUGUUGAUUCUGAAAAUGACAAGAAUUGGCUUUGGUUUUUGAGGAAGUUGUCAACAAUUCUGUCAUCUCCUCCAAUAACAUUAGAUUGUCAUUCUAGGCUUUUGAAAGGUAUUCCAAAGGUUUUUCCUGACGGAUAUCAUGGGUAUUGUUUUCAGCAUUUGAAGAACAACUUGAGGGACAAGUUUAAGGGCAGAUUGUCUAAUGGUUUUAGGGACAGAGUAGUCGAGUUAUUUUCUUAUUGUGCAUAUGCACCAUCGAUUUCUGAUUAUGAGGAAGCUUUUAAAGAACUCUGCAAUGUUGGUGGUCCAAAAGCUAAGGGUUUUGUUGAAUCGUUGCCACUUGACAAGUGGGCAAAUGCAUAUUUUAAAGGUAGAAGAUAUGGGGUCAUGUGCAAAUUCAGCUGA